AUGGCCAAUGAAUCUGAACUCCACCAUGAAAAAGUGAUCCUGAUAAGCUCCAAACCUUCUCAAACAAGGUUGGCGAUCAUGGCUUCCAUGAAAGCAUGUGCCCCUUACAUCUGCAUGGUUGUGUGCCAGUUCGCAUCUGCUGGAUCCAGCAUUCUGAACAAACUUGCAUUGGAACAAGGACUAAGCAUGCUAGUCUUUGUUGUUUACAGGCACCUCAUCGCUGUGAUCAUCUUGGCUCCUCUUGCCUAUGUGCUCGAAAGGAACCAAAGGCCCUGCUUCUCAUUUGCUAUCAUGCUAAAAAUAUUCAUUCUUGCUAUGGUGGGCAUAACAAUUCAGCAAAACGUAUACUAUGUUGGACUCCAUUUCACUUCUCCAACUGUUGCCGUUGCCUUGAGCAAUGUCAUUCCUGCUUUUACUUUCAUAUUGGCAAUGAUACUAAGGAUGGAAAAGCUCAGCUUGAAGACAGCACGAGGGAGGACCAAGCUUGGAGGAGCCAUCUUUUGCAUCGCUGGUGCUCUGGUCUUCAUAUUUUGGAAAGGUCAUCUGUUGGGAGUCAUUGUUAGAAGACCUUUGGUCCAGUUCCAUUUCAAAAGUUCUAAGAAAGGAGAUGAUUGGCUUAGAGGCUCUGCUCUUAUCUUAACCAGUUGUUUUGCAGGCAGUGCAAAGCUUAUUCUUCAGGCAUUCAUCUGCCAGAUCUACCCAGCCAGACUCACCAUGAACACCUUGGUGUGCUUCUUCGCAUCACUGCAAUCUUCUGCACUUGCUCUCGUCUUCGAACGGAAUGCUUCAUCAUGGAGAAUGAAUUGGAACAUACAACUCAUGGCUAUCAUAUAUGGCGGAACUGUCAUAUCUUGCCUCGUAUACUACUUGCAAAUAUAUUGCAUUAGCAAGAAGGGACCAGUAUUUUGUUCCAUCUUCGCACCUCUAGCAAUGUUGAUUGUGGCUUUUGUCUCGGCUUUCAUCUUUGCCGAACGACUUCAUGUCGGCAGCUUGAUAGGUGCAUCGAUCAUAAUUCUGGGACUCUAUUGCUUCCUCUGGGGAAAAAGUGGAGAUUCUGUUGAGGAAGGUGACAAGGAUUGUGGAGCGCAGAGGGAUUCGGAAGCUGAAAUGAGCCCUUGGCAUGAUUAG